AUGAAUAGCUGUAAAACAUCAGAAAAGUCCUGUACAUCAAAUAGUAAUUUACCCCACACAUAUGCAGAAAUACAAGAAGGAGAAGAAGAAGAACAACAACAACAACAACAACAACAACAAUUAAUUCGUGAUAAAGCAUGGGAAGAAACAGUGGGUGUUAUUCUUCAAUGGGUCUCUGGGGCCCUUGAGGGUGAUGGAGAGUCUCUUGAUCUCAUUGAUUAUCUCCUGCAGGAGUUGGAUCACGAUAACUUGAUAACACCAUCCUCUUCCUUAUCUUCAUCUUCACAUCAUCAUCAUAAUAGUUCCUGCUGCUCUUCUGACUCUCAAACUGGGAUAGAAGGAGAAUCUGUAGAGAGAAAGGAUGAAUGUGAGGAUGGAAAUGAAAGUACGGCCCAUUCCACUUUUGUUAAUGAUGAUGAUGAUGAUGAUCAUCAUCAUCAACAUCAUUACAUUAUGAAGACAAUGAUGGAAUCUCAUGAAAUAUCUCAAUCAUCUCAUAUAUCUGAAGAUUCACAAGAAAGAAAGGGAUCUAUAGAGCAAAGUAAGGUGGUUCAAUAUGUAGAUCCAUAUAUACUCCAGCAAGAAGAAGAAGAAAAAGAAGAAGAAGGAGGAGGAGUUUAUACAGAGUUUAAUGAAGAUUGUUAUUUAGAUAAUAUGAUGGAUGUGUUUGGAAUUAAUAUGAAUAACUAUAACUACUCUAGUUACAAUGGUGAUUUUAUGAGAAGUGAUCAUGGUACAUUUUUUGAUACUGCCAUCCUUAUUAAAUUAGCUGAAGAAAUGAACUCAUUAGAGGUGGAUUCAAACUCUGAAUCUCGAAUUCAGGUUUUAGAAGAAAGUGAAGAAGAUAAGGAAGAUGAACAAGGAAUAAAAUAA